ACAUAAUAUAUUUUUACAAAGAAGCUGGCACCUCUGAUUCGCACGACAUUCCGUCAAAAUAAAACGAAGUGCUUAUCUUGUUUACAACGUCGUUGUGUCCCCGAAAACAACUUUCUCUUAGAAAAUGAUGCGUAUUACCAGUUUAUUUAGCAAUAUUUAUAAAGCUAAACGAUCGCUGCAUACGUCGAGCAGCAACCUUCUCAAUUUAGUUCCCAUCGUUGUGGAGCAAACCGGCCGGGGGGAACGGGCAUAUGACAUAUUUUCAAGACUGCUGAAAGAACGCAUCAUUUGCUUAAUGGGACCAAUCCACGAUGACCUCAGCUCCCUGAUAGUGGCACAACUACUUUUCCUUCAAUCAGAAAAUGGUAACAAACCCAUUCACAUGUACAUAAAUUCACCGGGAGGUAGCGUGACGGCCGGCUUGGCAAUCUAUGACACUAUGCAAUAUGUAAAACCUCCUGUUGCCACCUGGUGUGUUGGUCAGGCAUGCUCCAUGGGGUCAUUGUUACUUGCGGCCGGUUCACCCGGUAUGCGUCACUCACUGCCAAACGCAAGAAUCAUGAUUCAUCAACCCUCCGGUGGGGCGCAAGGUCAAGCGACGGAUAUACAAAUACAAGCCGAGGAAAUUCUCAAAUUAAAAAGACAGCUCACGGAAAUUUACGCCAAACAUACGAAUACGGCAGCGGAUGUGUUAUACGCUAAAAUGGAACGAGAUACGUUCCUCAAUCCAGAAGAAGCUCAAAAGCUAGGAAUCAUUGAUACUGUGUUAGAGCAUCCGCCAUCCUCAACAGAAGAGUCCUCGUGAUUAUGCUCAAUUGACUAUAAUAGGGGUAUAUAUAAUUCCAGAAUAAAACAGAGUUGUUUUUAGAAUUCCGCACAUGUAAUUUUGCAUUACUGAAGGUCGGCGAAAUUUAAAUUUAUUAAAUGUUGCAUAUCAAAUGGCAAUUUGCAUAUUAAAAUCAAUCAUGACUUUCUUACCCAACUCACGAUACACUGUGCAUAUAAACAGAAUAUAUCCUUUUUAAUUUUA